AUGCUGAGACAGAAGCUAUUUCAAGGAAGCCGCAGGUGGUUAGCGUCUGUGCGGCAGCCCAGUAUCGGGCGGUAUGCGGGUAAGCCGAACGCGGCGGGCAAGUACACGGUGUCGUUCAUUGAGGGCGAUGGUGUGGGCCCCGAGAUCUCGCAGUCGGUCAAGGACAUCUUCUCGGCGGCGUCUGUGCCAGUCGAGUGGGAGUACUGCGACGUGACGCCCCUUCUGGUGAACGGGCUGACGACGAUCCCCGAGCCUGCGGUGGCGUCGAUUAACAAGAACCUAGUGGCGCUGAAGGGGCCGCUGGCAACGCCCAUCGGCAAGGGCCACCGGUCGCUGAACUUGACGCUACGUAAGACCUUCGGGCUGUUUGCGAACGUGCGCCCGGCGAAGUCGAUCGAGGGCUACAAGACGACAUACUCAGACGUGGACCUGGUGCUGAUCCGGGAGAACACGGAAGGCGAGUACUCCGGGAUUGAGCACGUGGUAUCGCCGGGCGUGGUGCAGUCGAUCAAGCUUAUCACGCGCGAGGCGUCCGAGCGCGUGAUCCGCUACGCGUUCGAGUACGCGAGGACCGUGGGGCGGCCCAAGGUUGUGGUGGUGCACAAGUCCACCAUCCAGCGGCUGGCCGAUGGGCUGUUCGUGAACGUUGCGCAGGAGCUGGGCCGCGAAUACCCGGACAUUGAGCUGCAGACCGAGCUGCUCGACAACACCGUCCUCAACGUGGUCACGAAGCCAGAGGCGUACAAGGACGUCGUCGCCGUCUGCCCCAACCUGUACGGCGACAUUCUAUCUGACCUGAACAGUGGGCUUUCUGCCGGCUCGCUUGGUCUCACCCCCUCCGCCAAUAUUGGGCACCAGGUCUCUAUCUUUGAGGCCGUCCACGGUUCGGCGCCGGACAUCGCUGGCCAGAACCGCGCCAACCCAACCGCGCUAUUGCUCUCCUCCGUUAUGAUGUUGAAUCACAUGGGCUUGCACGAGCACGCCGGCCGGAUCGAGAAGGCCGUGCUUUCCACCAUUGCCUCUAGCCGUGAGAACCGCACUGCGGACCUUGCUGGUACUGCCUCCACCUCUUCGUUCACAAAUGCCGUCAUCGAACGGUUGUAA